AUGGCCAAACUUGAACCUGCACUGUUGGCUGCAAAUCUGGCGAGGUACAGGUCUGAGCGUCAAAUUUUCAAUGUGACUAUGGUAUCUACCAGGCUCCUUCUUCCUAGAUUAAGACCAAGUUACACAUUCCGCCCCGUUAUCAAUACCUUCAUAACACGCGCAAUGUCUGAUUUGAAAGCCGAGUCUCAGGCCGCUGCCGCCGCCGCCGUAGACGCACCUCCAAAGGAGAAAACCGCCAAAGAAAUCGAGAAAGAGAAGAAAAAGGCAGAGAAGAUGGCCAAAUUCUUGGCCAAGAAGCAAAAGCAAGACGCCGACGCCAAGAACAAAAAGCCCGCCGAGCCCAAGCCAAAGAAGGAGAAGAAGGUCGCUGAGCCUGUUCCUGAAUGGGUUGACGAGACCAAACCUGGAGAGAAGAAGAUUCUUGCUUCUUUGGAAGAUCCUGCUUUCAAGGCCUACAACCCUAAGAAUGUCGAGAGCUCGUGGUACUCGUGGUGGGAACAACAAAAGUUUUUCGAGCCUAAGUUGGAGAAUGGCGAGAUUAGUAAAGAGGGCGCUUUCACCAUCCCUGCUCCUCCUCCUAAUGUGACCGGUGUGCUUCACAUUGGACAUGCAUUGACGUUUGCCAUCCAAGAUAGUUUAAUUCGUUAUAACCGUAUGAAGGGUAAGACUACGUUGUACGUUCCUGGCUUCGACCACGCCGGUAUCUCCACCCAGUCUGUUGUCGAGAAGCAAAUCUGGAAGGCCGAGAAGAAGACCAGACACGACUUUGGCAGAGAGAAGUUCUUGGAGAAGGUUUGGGAGUGGAAGGAAGACUACCACGGACGUAUCAAGUCCCAGGUCAAGAGAAUGGGUGCCUCGUUCGACUGGAGCAAGGAGGCCUUCACUUUGAACCCAGAGCUUUCUGCUGCCGUCACCGAGGCUUUCGUUAGAUUGCACGAGGACGGUACCAUUUACAGAGCCAGCAGAUUGGUCAACUGGUCCACCAAAUUGAACACCGCCAUUUCCAACUUGGAGGUUGACAACAAGAACGUCUCCGGCCGUACCCUUCUCAGUGUGCCUGACUACGACGAGAAGAUUGAGUUUGGUUUGUUGACCUCUUACUCCUACAGGGUCGUUGGCUCCGACGAAAAGGUCACUGUUGCUACUACUAGACCUGAGACUGUCUUCGGUGACACCGGUGUUGCCGUCCACCCAGACGACUCUCGUUACACCCACUUGCACGGCAAGUUUGUGCAGCACCCAUUCUUGGAUCGUCAAAUUCCAAUUGUCUUGGACAAAGAGGCCGUCGACAUGACCUUCGGUACUGGUGCUGUUAAGAUUACCCCAGCUCACGACAACAACGAUUACAACACCGGUAAGAGACACAACUUGGAGUUCAUCAACAUCUUCACUGAUGACGGUUUGUUGAACGAGAACUGUGGUCCUGAGUGGCAGGGUGUCAAGAGAUUCGAUGCCAGAGCCAAGGUCAUCGAGAAGUUGAAGGAGCUUGACUUGUAUGUUGACCAAAAGGACAACGAAAUGACUAUCCCAACCUGUUCCAGAUCUGGUGAUAUCAUUGAGCCUUUGUUGAAGCCUCAAUGGUGGGUUAGACAAGAUGAGAUGGCUCAAGAGGCCAUCAAGGCUGUCAAGAGCGGAGAGGUCACCAUUACUCCUAAGACUUCUGAGAGAGAGUACUUCCACUGGAUGGAGAACAUCCAAGAUUGGUGUAUUUCCAGACAAUUGUGGUGGGGUCACAGAUGCCCUGUCUACUUCGUUGUCAUUGAGAACCAAGAGAACGACAGAUUGGACAACAACUACUGGGUCUCCGGUAGAACUUAUGAGGAGGCUUUGACUAAGGCCAAUGCCAAGUUCCCAGAUGUCAAGUUCACUUUGGAGCAAGAUGAGGAUGUCUUGGACACCUGGUUUUCGUCUGGUUUGUGGUCCAUCUCUACUUUGGGCUGGCCAAACAACACUCAAGACUUGAAGCUUUACGCUCCAUUCUCCAUGUUGGAGACUGGAUGGGAUAUCUUGUUCUUCUGGGUGUCUCGUAUGAUCUUGUUGACCUUGAAAUUGACCGGUAAGGUUCCUUUCAAGGAGGUCUUCUGCCACUCCUUGGUCAGAGACGCUCAAGGUCGUAAGAUGUCCAAGUCUUUGGGUAAUGUUAUCGACCCAUUGGAUGUCAUCAACGGUAUCUCUUUGCUGUCCUUGCACGACAAAUUGAAGAUCGGUAACUUGGACCCUAAGGAGAUCGAGAAGGCUUCCGCCGGCCAAAAGGCUUCCUACCCUAACGGUAUUCCUGAGUGUGGUACUGAUGCUUUGAGAUUCGCUUUGUGUGCUUACACCACCGGUGGUAGAGACAUCAACUUGGACAUCUUGCGUGUCGAAGGUUACAGAAAGUUCUGUAACAAGAUUUACCAAGCCACCAAAUUCGUUUUGGGUAAGUUGGGCGAGGGCUACCAACCACCAGUCUCUUCUCAAAAGUCUGGCAACGAGAGCUUGGUCGAGAAAUGGAUUUUGCACAAGUUGACUGUUGCCUCUCGCGAGGUCAACGAGCACUUGGACAAGCGUGAGUUCUCCGAGGCCACUACCGCCGUGUACAACUUCUGGUACGACUUGUGUGAUGUCUACAUCGAGAACUCGAAGUCCUUGAUCCAAAACGGCAAUGAGACCCAGAGCAAGUCUGCUCAAGACACCUUGUACACCUGUAUUGACUCUGCCUUGAGAAUGAUCCACCCAUUCAUGCCAUUCCUUACCGAGGAGAUGUGGCAAAGAUUGCCACGUAGAGCAGGCGAGACUGUUCCAUCUAUCACAAUCGCUCCUUACCCAACCUACGAUGCUGGGUUUGACGACGUUGCCUCUUACGAGGGCUACGAGUUGGUGUUGAACAUCACCAAGGGCGCCAGAUCUUUGUUGUCGCAAUACAACAUCUUGAAGAAUGGCCAGGUCUACGUUGAGUCUACUGAUGCUACUGUCAGAGAGGUGUGCAAGAACCAGAAGGAGUCGAUCAUCUCCUUGAUGAAGGGUGUUGAGGACAUCCACGUUCUCGAAAGCGGUGAGCCAGUUCCAAGUGGAUGUGCUUUGAACGGUAUCAGUGCCACCACUAAUGUUCAUGUGAUGGUCAAGGGUCAAAUUGACAUUGACGCCGAAAUCGCCAAGGUUGAGAAGAAGUUGGCCAACCUUAAGGAGAUGCAAGCCAAGACCGCCGACUCCAUCUCCAAGUUCACCGAGAAGACCAAGCCAGAGGCCAAGGAGGCUGCUUUCAAGAGAGCAGAGAACUUGAACGCCGAGGCCGAGGGUUACAACCAGACCAUUGCCAUUUUGGAGAAGUUGAAGCUUUAA